AUGUCCGAGCAGACUGCCAAAUUUGCCCAACGAAUAGGCGAAGUAGUCCUGAAGACCGUCGAAUUAGCUACUGCCAUGUAUCGACUCCAGAAUGAAGCCACACAAGAGUCAUCAAAGGAAACAGAAGCCAAGCCUUCACCAAAACCGAAGAAACGUAAAACUUCAAAGAAUUCUCCAGUCGUUGCACCAAAUCAAGCAGGACCUAGCCAGGUGGCAACACCACCUGCUAAGAAACAAUACAAGGGAACGACACCAUUAUGCAACAAAUGUAAUGGGCAUCACCAAGCUCACUUACAGUGUCGUCUGUGUGUAUCAUGUGGGCGAGUUGGUCACCUGGCAAGUGCUUGUCGAAGUAACCCGAACCAAGGUGGUCCAAAUAAACCACAAGCCAAUCCUGCUCAAGCUCACUUUCCACCUGGAUCCUGCUACAACUGUGGCAAGAUGGGUCAUUUUAUGAAUAAAUGCCCAAAGCUUGCUAAUGCAAAUCCAACCCACGGAUGA